AUCAUCUCAUAGAUAUACAUGCAUGGGCAUUUUCAUUUUGAAACAUACCAGGAGAAAAAAAAUCUCACUGGCUCUAGAGCAGGCUUGGUGUAUUUUUGGAUUCCUUAAGUUUGGAGGAUGCUGGUUCGAUCUUCAUCUUUGCUAGCAUUUUGGAUGCUGGUUAUAUUGUAAUUGUCAUAUGAGAUCUCAGGUAGUAUGUGCAGCCAGGCCCGUGUGUCCAUUGGUGAUGCAGGUUGAUGCCUGAUAUCCUGGACAGACAGAUCGGCCAUGUUGCAGAGUAAAGCGGGGGGAGGUUGUGGUCUUGUGGACCAGUCUGGCCGGAGAUGAGAAGAUCUGAUCCUCUGGCGGACAAAGUGCUUGGUGCAGAGAAGCAGCAGCUGCAGCUUCUCCUGCAAUGACAAGCAAGUACCCCGGACAGAUGGCCACAUUAGCUGAUGGAUUCAUUGCCUCAAAGUAGCACUUUUCAAGCUUGUGAGGGGACCGGCACCGAUCGCUUGCGGCUGGAUCUGCAGCCACCGCAUGAUGGACCAGCAGCAAUGGACGACAGGCUGCUUGAAGCAGGCCGGCGACGCGCAUGUUGAUACAAAAAAAUGUAGUAUAACGUGCCCUUGUUUUACUCAAGUCAGGUGUCCCCGAUGGGACCGCAUGGACACUGCUAAUCGGCACUAGUAGUAACUCCCGGCUGGGAUGAUGAAAGCUCCAAUUGGACGGCCAUGUCAAUCUCAGCUGUUUGCUCUGCCGUCCGGACAAAUAUCCAAACACAGCCUGACAACACUCUAAAAUGCAAUCUUUCCUCCGGUUUCUUCAUCCUGUACUUUGGCUUAUUUGUCCCUCUCUUCAUCUCUUCCAAUGGCACGAUUGAAAUCUCACACAAACUUUUGCUAUUGCAUUGACCCGGUUUCUCAUUUAUGUAAUCACUCCUUGGUUGCAUCACCAGCACUCCAGCUUCUUAUAACCCAAGCGGCCGUUGCAAGCUUCGCCGCCCGUGUGCAUUGUAUGCCACCUCGCUGUUGUCUGUGGCCGUGGUGACUUCUGUGGUGCCGGCGGUGAGUUCGACGGCGGAAGAAUAGUAGAGGCCAGGCCAUGCCGGUGAAGAGCAGCGCCAGCUUCCGGCUCACCGCCGUGCCGGUGGUGGUCGUCGCGCAGCUGCUCGCCGCCGCGGUGCUGACGCUCACGCUCGUCUGGGUGCUGCACUUCAGGGGUGGCGUCUCCUGGGAGAUGAGCUCUAACCGUCAGCCGAUUUACAUGGCACACCCUCUCUUCAUGGUGAUUGGGCUUAUCAUCUGCACCGGAGAAGCGAUAAUGGCGUACAGGAUCAUCCUGGGGCCAAGGGGGGCCAAGAAGGCAGUGCACCUGCUGCUGCAUCUGGUCGCCCUCGCCUUCGCCGCCGUCGGCCUCUACGCCGCCUUCAAGUUCCACCAUGAUUACAGACUCCCUGACAUCCGCAGCCUGCAUGCUUGGUUGGGGAUAACCACUGUAGCACUCUAUGCUCUUCAGUGGCUGGUGGCAUUUGUGUACUUCGUGUUCCCGGGUGCCGUGAUGACGAUGAGGGCCGACUACGCGCCAUGGCACAUCUUCUUCGGCAUCGUCGUCUUCCUUAUGGCCGUCUGCACCGCCGAGACCGGCCUAGCAAGGUUCGUCUUCGCUGUUAGCCGCUAUCCGAAUGAAGCGUUCGUCGUCAACUUCGCCGGCCUUGCCAUCGUCAUGUUCGGCGUCGCCGUCGUCCUUGCUGCCAUCCUUCCUUCAAGAUAUUAGCAAAAUGCAGCUUUGCAGACUAGCAGCAGAACAAAAGCGAUGCAUGUUAAGUACCUGGUGGCAUGCGAAUUGUGUCGAAUUUGGAGUAAUUUUUUUUGACAUAAUUGAUGUUGUUUGAUCGCUAUGACUUGUUUUACUAACUUGGGUUAGAGUAUCACCUGUUGUCGAAUAAUCCAUCCCAAAUUCUUUUGGUUCCCACAUUAAUAGCAGGUCGAAUUCCGGCAUUGAAUAGAUCUGCGGAUAAGAAUAUUUGUCCAUCUGUUCUCCUAUUCUCUCGAAUCCAUGAAGACAUUGAUUUUGCAAUAAGAUCCAUUAUGUUCAUUGCAUAAUAAGCUCCCUUAAAAAGCAUUGGCGCACGUGUAAAC